AUGGCGUCGGCAGCGAGCAGGAAGGCGCCGUCGCUGGUGGUGGCGGCGAGCGUCGGCGCCGUGGAGGCGCUCAAGGACCAGGCGGGCCUCUGCCGCUGGGGCUACCCGCUCCGCUCGCUCUACCGCAGCGCCGCAGCCGCGCCCACCGUCCGCGCGCUCUCUGCCUCGCUCCGUGAGGCCCGGCUGGCGUCGUCGGCGGCGGAGGACACGAAGCUGCGCAAGACCCACCACCUCGUCUGCUGGGGGCCCAACUGAUCAGUCCCUUCUUCUCCGCAGCAUCGUAUAGUAUAGUACACCACUGCGUGCGUACCUGGUGAAAAUGCU